GUCUUUCGGCGAAUCGAGUGGAAAUGACCAAGUCCACCUACGGUAUCAUCGGAGCUGGCCUGGCCGGAGUUAACGCCGCCAGACAUGCCCUGGAUGCAGGCGGUGAAGUGACAGUGUUCGAGCAGACCAGCAAAGUGGGUGGCACUUGGGUUUACACCGAUGAAACCGGAAAAGACAAAUACGGACUGGACAUCCAUACCAGCAUGUACCAGGGAUUGAGGACCAAUAUUCCAAAGGAGAUUAUGGGAUUCCCUGAUUUUCCCAUUGGACAGCAGGAAGAGUCGUACGUAACCUCGCAGGACGUGUUAAAGUUCAUUGAGAAUUAUACGGAGGAGUUCGAUCUGAACAAGUACAUAAAGUUUGAACAUCAUGUGAUCAGGGUGACUAGGAAGAUGGAUUGCGAAAAAUGGGAGGUAUUGGUUAAGGAUCUCCGGGCCAACCGUUACGAGUCAUAUCUGUUCGACUACAUCCUCGUGUGCAACGGUCACUUCUUCAGUCCAUUCACACCGAAAAUUGUGGGACACGAAACGUUCAAAGGUGAACAAAUGCAUAGCCAUGAAUAUCGAAGUCCGGCACGAUUUGCUGGCAAAAAUGUGGUGGUUAUCGGUGGCAGCCACAGUGGUAUGGAUGUAGCGAUUGCUGCUGCUCCUCUUGCCAAGGAGCUUGCCCUUAGUCAUCGCUGUUCUGAGCGGUUGAAUAUUUUCUAUGAUAAAGUUGUGCAGAAGCCAGAAAUUGCAAGGAUCUAUGAGAACGAAGUGGAGUUUGUUGAUGGUACCCGACAGAUUUGUGACGUUUUGGUCUAUUGUACGGGGUAUCGGACUAGUUUUCCAUUCCUUAGUGUGGAUUGCGGUAUUACGGUAGAGGAGAAUCACGUGCAGCCAUUGUACAAACACUGCAUCAAUAUUCGACAACCGUCGAUGGCUCUGAUUGGAUUGCCAUUCAAUGCAUGCUUUACCCUGAUGGUGGACUUGCAGGUUAGGUUUUGCAUUAAAUUUUUCAGCGGUGGCAAAAGUCUACCAACGCAGGAAGAAAUGGCUGCAGAUACCAGGGCGGAUGAAGAGGAGCGUGCCGCUAAGGGAUUCAUAAAACGUGAAGCACACAUGCUUGCUGGUGAUCUUCAGCAGCGCUAUUACGACGAUCUAGCUUGCAUAGCGGACGUGGAACCUUUGAGACCUGUGUUGACGAAGUUGUACGCCGUCUGCAUUCAGGAUAAGAAGCGAGACAUUAUGAACUACAGAAGCAAUGUAUAUCGUAUUUUAGACAAUGAUACUUUUAUAAAGGUAAAUUAGGCAAAGAGAAUAAAUUAAAUAUACAAAAUCAA